CCUCCCUUCCUCCUCCUUGGACAAACUCCUCACAAUGAAGAUGCUGCUGAGCCUGAUUGCUCUGCUCUCUGCUGCCCUGUUAGCCAACGCAGCCCCUCCAACUUGCUACUCGAGGGUGUUGUCUCUGAGCAAAGAAAUCACGGAGUCUUUUAAGGAGUUACAGACCUCCAAAGCUGUGGACUCAUGUGUGGAGAUGCUGCCCAGGCUGUACUUGGACAUACAUAAUUACUGUGUGUUGGCAAAACUCCGUGAUUUUGUGGCCUACCCCAGAUGUGAGAGAGUGCUUGAAGUGAGUGAGCUGAAGGAAAAAGCCCGGAGCCUGUACACCAUCAUGAUCUCCUACUGCAGAAGGGACUUGGUGUUCCUCACUGAUGACUGUAACGCUCUGGAAAAUCCUAUUCUGCCUCCCAUUGAGCCCUCCAUCAUUGAGAGCUAAAAUGGAGUCAGCCCAAAAGUUGUACCUGGGAAAUUUUCAAGGAGA